AUGGCUGAUGAGAAGAAAGCACAGCAAGCCUCCAAGAAGGGCGCGAAGAAAAUCAUCAAGAAGGCGCCAACGAAGGGCGGCAAGAAGAGGAAGCGGUCCAGGAAAGAAAGUUAUGCCAUUUAUAUCUACAAAGUGAUGAAGCAGGUUCACCCCGACACCGGCAUCUCCUCCAGGGCCAUGAGCAUCAUGAACUCGUUCGUCAACGAUAUUUUCGAGCGUAUCGCGGGGGAGGCUUCCCGUCUGGCCCAUUACAACAAGCGCAGCACCAUCAGCUCCCGGGAGAUCCAGACCGCCGUGCGGCUGCUGCUGCCCGGGGAGCUGGCCAAGCACGCCGUGUCGGAGGGCACAAAGGCGGUGACCAAGUACACCAGCUCCAAGUGA